UUAGUUAAUGAUUUAAACGAAGCUGAAGAAACAUAAUUUGGCUCAAUUGAUUAAUGUUCCUGUGACAGGUCAAAGCAGUUCGAGGUGAAGUCUCCUCAAUGUGAUUAGCAUUCGAUAUGUGGAAGCCGAAGAAAGUGCCACGAAAGCGUCUAAAGGCGGUGCAAAGGAUGCCGAACGGUCAUCCAACGUUUCAUCAGGAAUUUGAGGUGAAAUCCAAACGUCUCUACAAAGGCUUGAAUUGGCUAUUCUGGAUCUCAGUUCUGGCCAACACCGCGCCCAUUACUGUCCUGCCUGGUCGCCAGGGCAGAGUCUACCGCCAUCUGCAUCUCUGUUGGAUGGCCGUUUGCUACGGCUGGUACUGCCUAGCCUCCUAUUGGGAGUUUGUGCUCAUCACCCUUAACAGGGUGUCCCUCGAUUGCUAUUUGAAUGCCAUGGAAUCGGGCAUUUACAUGGUGCACAGUGCCUCAAUCUUGAUCCUCACAUUCCAAUGGAGACACAGGAUACCCGCCGUAAUUGCUAGCAUAGUAAAGUCGGAUCUGGAGCGGGGAUAUACGAUUAAAUGCUGGCAGAUCAAGCGCUUUUUGCGGCUGCAGCUCUCGCUGGUCUUGGUGUUGGUCUGCUUAGCCUUUGCCAUCGAUAUUUUUAGCCAGAGAUUUGUUGCCUACAAGGCUGUACUCAGCAUCAACAGCUAUGUGAUGCCCAACAUCAUCAGCAGCAUCUCCUUUAUCCAGUACUAUGUCCUGCUGCAGGGCAUAGCUUGGCGCCAGGCCGCAGUCACCGAAUCCCUGCAACAGGAGCUCCAACACUUGCCAAGACCACGACGGUGGGAGGUACAAAGAUUUCGCUUGCAGCAUGCUGAGCUGACCUACUUCACGAAGCUGGUUAAUAAGGCAUUCCAAUAUUCCAUUGUCCUGCUGGUGGUUGGCUGCUUCUUCAGCUUCAACCUGAUUCUGUUCCUUGUGUACAAGGGCAUUGACGUUCCGGAGCUGGCAGAUUGGAACAGGUGGAUCUACAUGGUGCUGUGGAUGGCCAUGCAUAUAGGCAAGAUGCACAGCCUUCUCUACUUCAACCACAAAGUGCAGCAGGAGCAAUCCAAAUGCUUGGCCCUGUUGAAUGGUGUGCAAUCUGUGGGACCCGACCUUCAGGAGACCUUUCACCACUUUAUCCUCCAAUUGCAAACAAAUGUACGCCAGCAUGUUGUCUGCGGCGUCAUUGUCCUGGAUCUCAAAUACCUUUCGACUCUGCUGGUGGCCACUACAAACUUUUUUAUAUUUCUUCUUCAGUACGAUGUCACCUACGAGGCCCUGUCCAGGCAAGGCAAUUUUACAAAAUCGUAGAAAGAAUUGUGCGACUUUUCGAAAUUGCGUUGUAAGUUUAUUUACGGUAUAUCGGCAUAUAAUGGUACAAUCUAUUUAAUCUAUUAAUUAAAGUAAAUAGGGUCUACAAAUGUCCAUACU